AUGUUCUACAAGAAGGGGUUGUUGGCGGCUGCGCUUGCCGCGCAAACAUGCGCCGCGUCGGUGUCCCAGGCCCGCGACGAUAACGCGAAGUGCAAAAAGACCACGGUCGCAAUUCUGGGAGGUGGAAUGGCUGGUGUCGCCGCCGCACAAGCGUUGUCGAACUCGUCCAUUCACGAUUUCGUGAUAAUUGAGUAUCGCGACACCCUCGGUGGACGUGUUGCACAUACAGACUUUGGCAAGGCCCCCAAUGGCAAACCCUACACGGUGGAGCUGGGAGCCAACUGGGUGCAAGGACUUGGAUCUCCUGGCGGUCCUGAGAACCCCGUUUGGACCUUCGCGAAGAAGUGGAAUCUAAAAAACACUUACUCCGACUAUAGCUCGAUUCUCACGUACAACGAGACCGGCUAUGUGGACUACUCAUCCCUGUUGGAUGAGUUCGAGAACUUAUAUAACGAUGCCUCCGAAGCAGCGGGAGUCCUCCUGACCCAGAAUGGUCAGGACCAGACAGCUCGCACCGGUUUCGCCCUGGCUGGAUGGCGGCCUAAGAUAGAUGACAUGGCCCGGCAGGCAGUCGAGUGGUGGGAGUGGGACUGGGAGGAUGCCUACGCGCCCGAUGAAAGCUCGUUCAUCUUCGGCGUCGCCGGCGAAAACUUGACUUUCAACCAGUUCAGCGACGAAAACAACUUCGUCUGGGACCAGCGCGGUUACAGUCGAAUUAUCAUCAAGGAGGCCUCGACCUUCCUCAAGGACAACGACCCGCGUGUCCAGUUCAACUCGAUCGUCACCAACGUCACCUACUCCGACGACGGCGUGACCAUCUACAAGGAGGACGGCAGCUGCGUGUCCGCCGCCUACGCCAUUUGCACCUUCUCGCUGGGCGUGCUCCAGAACAACGCCGUCUCCUUCAGUCCCAAGUUCCCAGACUGGAAGAAGACCGCCAUCGAGAAGUUCACCAUGGGCACGUACACCAAGAUCUUCCUGCAAUUCAACGAGACCUUCUGGCCGCGCGACACACAGUAUUUCCUCUAUGCGGAUCCCACCACCCGCGGCUACUACCCAGUCUGGCAAUCCCUCUCCGCACCCGGCUUCAUCCCCGAGUCAAACAUCAUCUUUGUCACCGUCGUCUCGCAAGAAGCCUACCGCGUGGAGCGCCAAUCAGACGAGCAAACCAAGGAGGAAGUCAUGGCCGUCCUGCGCCAGAUGUACCCGGACCUCGACAUUCCCGAGCCAACCGCAUUCAUGUACCCGCGCUGGUCCACAACACCCUGGGCGCACGGCAGCUACUCCAACUGGCCGCCAUCCACCACGCUUGAAAUGCAUGAGAACCUGCGGGCGAACGUGGACCGGCUCUGGUUCGCGGGCGAGGCCACCAGUGCGGAGUACUUUGGCUUCCUGCACGGUGCGUGGUUUGAGGGCCGGGAUGCGGCCGAGCAGAUUGCGGCGCUGCUGGGCGAUAAAUGUGCGAAUAUCUCGGAUACCUCAGAGGACUGUGGGAACCGCCGGUAUUAUGAGAAGUUGUAUGGUAGUUCGCCGCUGGCAGAUUAUAGUGUCUUUGAUGGGUGGUCCGUGAGCAGCUUUUACGAAAGCAGCUGA